AUGCCUGUUGCUCCUGGAGUGCCACAUGCCAACUUGCUGCUGCUGGCCCUGGCGGCCGUGGUGUUCGUAGUCGGUGGCAUGUACGUGGAAAGCUUGAUUGCCCACUAUGCGGAGCGAACAGCGGAGGAGAUCGUGCAGACGCAUGGUGCAAUCACCAACACCUCUGGAGUUGGAGGUUUGGUUUGGCGCGUGGUGGAACACCUUUUGGCGCUGCUCUUCGUCGCGGCCGACGUGGCUUCCGCCUGGGCACCGCUCAUUGCGGCGCUGCUGGUCUUGCUGCACCGCGCCACCGCGCUCCACGUGUGA